UGCGAGAGAGAGAGAGAGAGAGAGAGAGAGAGAGUGUGUGUGUGUGUAUGUGUGUGUGUGACACAGCUGAUGCACGCAGCCCUUUCAAGCUACCUCCAUCACCCCCCAUCUCCGCUCCGGGCGACAGCAGCGGCAGCGGUUCUUCAGACCAGCCCUGCGACCCACGCACUACCACACCGGACAUCGUACAGGAAGCGAUCGGACCAGCGGUCGCGGAAAGUCAGCCAGUCAGAUCCGCACGGCGCUGCUGCUGAUAUGUGCGUGUCUGCUGCUCGGCGUGGUGACUCCACCCCCCAGCUCCUGUGCGGCGUGUGGGCAGCAGAGUGAGGGGCGUCGCCCCGCCCGGCAUGGGCAGUGCUGGCAGCGGGGUAGCCAAUCACCAGUCACCGACGUUCGCCAUGCGCAGCGUGGGCACCCGCACCAGCACCGUCAGCGCCAACGCGGGCCCCUCGGGCAGCGGCCUGACACGCGGCCCCUCCCUGCCCCCUGCCGCCAACACUUCCACGCGCCGUCGCCUCGGCGACCGCAGCUACAGCGCCGAGCGACACCCCCACCCACCCAACAUCUUGUUGGGCCCCGCCAAGACCGGAGGGCCGUCGGGUGACGAACGUGGCUACGGCAACACAGAGGGCUCAUAUUACGCCGGAGGCACGGAACAGCCACCACCGCAACCGGAUGGCACCGAGCGCUCAACCGCACACACCAACGCCAACCGCCAUCUGACCAAUGGGGAGCGGAUGGUGGCCAACGCCGCCUUCCUGAACGGAGGAGGAGGAGGAGGGGGUGGACGCCGUGGCGACGGGGGCCAUUACGGGGAGCGUGGGCGGACGUCCGAGGCCGUGUCGGGCCCGGCCACGACAGGGGUGGACAUCUGCGGCAACAGCGUGGUGCUCAACAAUGACAAGAACAGCAGCAUUCAGCAGAUGACCGCGCACUACAAGGAGAACCCCACAGCCAAGGUGGACAACCACAACAACCCCCCCAACAUCUUGCCUGUCUCUGGGAAACUGGAGCAGAAUAACGAUGGCCUGGUGCGUCCCUCAGCUUUCAAACCAGUAGUGCCCAAGAGUUUUCACUCAAUGCAGAACUUGGUGUCGCCGCCCCAGAAGGGACCAGGCGGGGGGAGAGGUGGAGGCAGUGGUGGAGGAGGAGGAGGAGGAGGAGGAGGUGGGGGUCACCCCACUUCCGGAAACCACAGGGAUCGCGACAGCCCUGGCGUGGGGGGCGGCGGGGGCUCCCGUGGGGGUGGGCAGGGGGUGGUGGGUGGCGGUAUGUCCGACUCGGGUAGGAACUCUCUGACCAGCCUGCCCACAUACACAAGCUCGGGGGGCUACGCGCCACCGCCGCCGGUGCUGGGACCCCUCAGCGCGUCCACAAGCCACAUCAACCGGCUGGCCGAGAAGCUGGAGCGGCCGGGUGGUGGCAGCGGCUACCAGAACGGCCUGAGCACUUCCGACAGUGGCCGCUCGUCCUCGGGCAAAAGCUCGUCGUCGUACCAGCGCCUCAGUCACCUGAGUGACGCCCCCGCACCCUUGCGCCCAUCGCCCUCCUCCGAUGACAUCAUACAGGAUCUGGAGGACCGGCUGUGGGAGAGAGAGCAGGAGGUGCUCCACAUGCGGCGUAACCUGGACCAGAGUGAGGCGGCCAUCGCGCAGGUCUUCGAGGAGAAGCAGCGGGUGUGGGAGCGCGAGAUGGAGGACCUCCGUGCCAGAAUACGCCGGCAGCUGCAGCAGGUGACGCUGGGCUAAGCGCCCCAGCACGCAGCUCAGGCCCAGAUCACGCCUCCGCAGGGAUGCGCCCGGCUGCAGGAGGAGAUCGCCACCCUGCUGGCCCAGCGCGACGAGCUUGAGCGCAAGUGCCUGGACUACCGCAAAGAGCAGGCCGACAUCCUGCCACAGCUGGAGGAGACAAAGUGGGAGGUGUGCCAGAAAGCAGGCGAGAUCUCCCUGCUGAAGCAGCAGCUCCGGGACAGCCAGGCGGAGGUGACGCAGCGGGCCGGGGAGAUGGUGGCUCUGCGGGGCCAGCUCAAGGAGCUCAACGCCCAGCUGAAAGAGCGCGAGGAGGCCAUCCAGGGCCUGAAGGAGUCCUACACCAGCAAGAGCCUGGAGCUGGAACGCUGCGAGGGGGAGCUGCAGAGGACGCUGGCGGAGGUGUCUCUGCUGAGGCAUAAGCUGAGUCUGUUCGAGGCAGAGGUCCUGGGUCUGAAGCAGGCCCUGGGGGAGAUGAACUCGUCUGCCCGCCACGUCGACUCCAGCGAACUCCUCCGGGGCGGUCUGCCCCCGUCCUCUUCCUCGUCUGCGUCCCGAUCCCAUAGAGACGCCCACCUGUCUCCGUCCACCUCGAUGGAACCCCUGGGCAUGAGUAUGGGCAUGGGUGGCACCAUGGGUAUGAGUGCGAGCUCGCUGCUGCCCCCUGCCUCCUCUUCCUCUUCCUCUUCGUCCCCGUCGGAGGCGCUGUUGAGCAUGCAGAGCGACGAGGCAAAGGUGCAGCAGCAGCAGCAGCGCCAGGAGGCGAUGGCGGCGGCCGCGGGGGACCUGCGUCGUCAGCUAGAGCGCCUGCAGGGCGAGCUCCGCCUGGAGCGUCAGCAGCGCGAGCGGCAGGCGCUCACCUUCGCCCAGGAGCGCCACACCUGGCAGGACGAGAAGGAGCGCGUGCUCAAGUACCAGGCCCAGCUGCAGCUCAGCUACGUGGAGAUGCUGCAGAAGAACCAGGCACUGGAGGACCGCGUGGACCAGCUCAGCACCAAGCUCACCAUCUCGCCCGCCUCGCCACCGCCGGCUUUGCCCCCGCCGCAGCCCAUCCUCGCCCUGCCCCCCGCCGGACUGCCUGCUCUGCCUGCGCCCACUUCGCUCUCCUCGCUGCCCUCCCCGCCACCACCGCCGCCCGCCGAUGAGAAGAACCUGCCCGCUCUUCACCAGUUGGCUCCCCCGUGGCCGGUGCCAACGCGCCUGGAGAGGAUUGAGUCGACUGAGAUCUAAAGAUGGCUCUAGAGAGAGAGAGAGAGAGAAAGAAAGAGAGAGAGAGAGAGAUAGAGAGAAAGAGGGGGAAAGGGAGGGAGGGAGAGAGAUCAAAAGAGGGAGAGAAAGAGAGAGAGAGAGAGAAAGAGGUGGCGGAGAGAGAGAAACGUGAGUACGAUGCAAACGACCUGGGUCAAGCACCCUGCUGAAAGUAUACAAAUGACAACACGCUCUGUGUGUAUAUGUACAUGUGGCAUUUCCAGACGUGUCUCUGUGGUUCUAUUUAACAUCACAAAACACUCAAUGGGAUGCUCCCAGAUGGAGAACAUCUGGAGGGUUUUGUUGUCUUACAUACUUCAACACAUGUAUUUGACACAGGUCAAGCACUGCUGGAUAUCUCAACGAACACUGCACCAAUGUCAAUAGAAUUUGGUAGCUCUUCUCAAGACCAUCACAUCACAAGUUUGCAGGUGGAGUCCAGGGAUGCACUGCCAAGAUAGCUUGCAGGGAGAGUGUCGGACUACUCUGUGUCCUCUUGUUGGGUGGACAGUCAGUCUUCGCUGUGUUUGAAAUGUGUGACCAGUCACAACAGAUCAAAAAAAAAAAGUUUAUUUUCUGCCUAUAACCAUACAAAAAAUGUUUGUUUCUUACAGCUUAUCCCUAAGCAGGUUUAGAAAUUUGUGCCUACUGGUUAUGGUUAAGAAAUGGUAUGAUAAAUGGAUUGUGAUGAAUGUGUUUACUGAUGACGCUUUCUGAUGCAGGAUUGAGGCCUUGGUGGGGAGAUACUUGUCAGCAUUUAUAGCUGAGGGAUCUGACCCAGAAAGUAUGCUAGGCACUUAGUGCUUUAUUCAAUAGCUGACCCGGUUAUCAGUAGGAUCUACUGGCAGGGUAUAUGUGGAUACUGAUACAGAGAGAAGAGGAUUUUGAGCUCCAUACCUUGGGAUUUUAAAUUCACCCUUAGCUCUGACUGAUGCUUGGGAAGAAUGUUUAUUGACACACACAAGCACUGUAGGGAUUUUAAUCCUCUGUGAUUUGAUCUGAAAAAAAUGGCAGGUUGUUGUAUGAAUGUUCAGAAAAUCCAAGGCAUGGAACUCAUCAUCAUAAUGAGUAAGUUUGAUUGAGGACCCACCUCUAUAGAACUGAUAUGCUAACAUUACAGGGGACCCUCUGACUGGAGGAAUUAUGGGAUACUGUGCUCAAAUGCACAAAGUACACACACUGCCCCUCCCUGUUCGGUGCUAGGACAACACACGUACACCACCACGUCUGGGUAAAAAGACCAAAACAAAUAGAAAAUUCUGUGUCAGUUUUGAUGGUCCACAUUCACCACUGGAAGGACAAUAAGAAGAGUGACUACUUGUUAACAGGUAGUUCUGUGUGACAAAUAAGCAAGACACACAUCUCUGGUAUGAGUACUACCAGGACAAAGGCACCAUACAACUCCCUGCUCUGUCGGCGCAGUAGCGGAGGACGAACACCAGGGGGCGAAUGCUCACAAAAAAUGAAUCCAAGGAUGAAAUUACUUGAAAGUGACUUUUGCAUUUUCUUACUUCUUUAUCGCUCUAUUCUGUGUCGGAGACGCGAACGUAAUCCAAUCAAACUUGUCAACGCUGUUGAUGCUUUGGUCUCUAGAAUUAUUUCUUUGAAUGGAGAAAAAACAGAUUGUGUUUGUGAAUGAUUGCAUUAGCCUACAUUUGGUCAAUGAAGCCGUCAACUAAGGUUGCAGCUGAGCCAGACGCACUUACAAGGCUGUAGGGUGCCGUUUAGAGUGCUUCCUUAACAAAAGGGAGAAUUUGCCUACGUUUGAGAAACAAUAUAUGUCAAUAUAUACUUUAUCUACAUAUUAUGAUUUAGAAUAUAUUUGGCUAAAAACAAUAUGCAGUAUAUUAAAGUGAUUAUUUAAAUGUUUUAAAUAAGUAUUGUAUACAGUUUAUGUUGACAUAUAUUUUGACUGGAUCUUACAUCUUGAAAGAAAGACAGGGUGUGGGUGAGGGAUAGUGAAUUGUGAGGUGUGCUGAGGUAGAUGCCGAGAGAAAUAUAAUGUGUUGACAGAGAAUGAAGCGAGUGCUUAUGAUGAAAAGAGAAUUAUGCUUUUUUUUGUUCCACUGUCAUAAGGAAAAAGAAGAACAGAUGAAUGUUUCAUACAUGACAUAAGCCUAACUGCUGACCUGUCCUGUAAGCAAGUGAACCAUCAAUAACUGGCCAGUUCCAUGGGCUAUGGGAAUAGCGAUAAGGGUCGUUGUAGUUUAUGUUUGUAUGAUAUUUUUUGUAUUAUUAUGACAGUGGACGGACGAACAAGUGUAACUCUCUAAGGAGUAGAUGGACACGUAAGCCUCGACUGUCCUUGGGCCAUAUUUGCUGCUAUGUACCUUUGUUGUGUCCUGCUGUGUUCUUGGUAGAGACAGAGAAGGUGUACUUGGAUGUAAAUAUAAUUGUUACUUAUGUGAAUAUAUCUACCCAAAUAUACCAAGCUAUUGCGUGUGAAUACUUUCAGAGGAUAAUUGUGAAUUAGUUACACAGACAUUUCAGCUUUUAUUUUUUAUUCUAUAUUAAUAUAAAUAUAUAAAUAUAACACAUAGAUCCAUCUUUAAAAUUGGACCUACGUGGAAAGAAUAAGAGAAACAUUCAAAUCCAUUAUCCCUAGGCCUAUAUGUUUACUUGAUGUUUCCGAUUAAUAUCAAAGAGGACAAAAUGCCACCAAUGUUUUCUAUUAUUAUUUUGUAUUGUUUUUAUUUUAUGUUACUGAAAUGGCUUGAAGAAAACAUAUCUUAGCAUAAAUUAAUUUAAAUAAUAAAGAUAUGAAGAAUC